AUGUCGCAUUAAUCGAUCGACAGUUUUUUUAUUUAUUUUUUUUUGUUUUGUUCUGUUUACUAAAACACGUAUACAAAUAGCAAACAACACAACACAACACACAACCAACGUCAGAUCGGUUCGUAAUAAUAAAAAAAAUUUGUAUCUCUCUGAUAAAUAAAUAGUGCAUUCAAUACGCAUAACCUUUUUGUGGUUCGAAUUUCGAAUUUAUUGUGAUCAAUCAAUUAAAUUGAUUUAAACCACCAUCAUAUUAAUUAUCUGUGAAUUUUUGGACAGAAAAAAAAUGUCCAAAAUCGAAAGUUGUCAUUUUAAUGAUGAUGAUGAUGAUGAUAACGAUAAUGAUGAUGAUGAUGAUAAUUCAUUGAAAUCGAAUUUAAUUAUUAAGAAUGAUGAACACGAUAAAAGUGAUGAUGAUGAUGAUGAUGAUGAAAAUCGGCUACAAAUUUUUCGUCAAAUUUCCAUACCAUUACUUGUAGCUGGUUUCGGUAUGGUACUUGCCGGUAUUCUACUUGAUCAUAUCAAGACAUCAAUUGUAUUCAUGAAUGUGCCUGAAAUUUUUAUACUUUUACCAGCAUUAUUAGGAUUAAAAGGUAAUCUUGAAAUGACAAUGACAAGUCGUCUAUCAUCAUUGGCAAAUUGUGGCCAAUUGAACAAUAAAAAUCGUUUAUUAAUAUUUCGAUCAAAUAUUGCACUAGUACAGUGUCAAUCAAUUGUAAUUGGUUUUGCUGCUGCUUUAUUUGCAUUAUUGGCCGAUUUAUUAUAUUCAUCAUAUUCAAACAUCUUUAUUGGCAAUUAUUAUAAUCGAUCCAUAGCAUUCAAUUACAAUCAUAUACCAAUGCUUUGUGCAACAAGUAUAAUUACAGCUUCAUUAACUAGUCUAUUGCUUGCAACCAUAAUGAUAACGGUAAUCUGUUGGACAGUUAAACAUGAUAUCAAUCCAGAUAAUGUAGCCACACCGAUUGCUGCUGCAUUAGGUGAUCUUGUUACAUUGGCAAUUCUUUAUUCAAUUGCAUCCAUAUUCUAUUCCAUUAUGGAUGAAUGGUGGUUUAUAUUGGUGGCAAUCGUUAUUAUUAGCCUAUUGUUAGUCAAUUGGUUGGCCAAAGAGGCACGUGCUCAUUUAUCAACCGGUUCAUCACUAGGUAUUAAAUGUUGGAUACCAAUGUUUAUGGCAAUGUUUAUAUCGAGCUUAAGUGGCUUUAUAUUAAGCUAUUCUGUUAUUCGUUUUGAUGAUAUUGCUGCAUAUCAGCCAUUAGUCAAUGGUGUUGGUGGUAAUAUUGCCGCAAUUCAAGCAUCAAGAUUAUCAUCAAAUCUACAUAUGAUACGUACAUUUAAUCAACGUGAUUCACGUAAAAAAUUAUCCAGUCUAGUCAAACGAUUUGAUGGACAGAAUAUGUUGGCUUUUCUCACUGGAAAUGAUGUGCAUUCGAUCUCGGCUCAAACAUUAUUAUCUGUUGUGAUACCAUUUCAUUUGAUAUUUUUUGUUCUACUAAAUCAAUUCAAUGGUUAUCAACAUCCAGCCAAAAAUGUGUGGCUAUUUUUAUUCCUUUAUCUGAUUUCAACAUUUACACAGGUUUUUAUUCUGCUAUUUCUUACCGGUAUUAUAAUUAUGAAAUUAUGGAAAUAUGGCCUUAAUCCUGAUGAUUCAUCUAUACCAUAUUUAACAGCAUUUGGUGAUUUAUUUGGUACCAUAUUGCUUACUAUUGCCUUCUAUUCAUAUGAAUAUUUGUUGAAAUUAUUGUGAGAAAAAAAAAUUUGACCAAAACGAUCAAGUAUUUCAAAAAAAAAUGCCU